CUUUCACAGUCGCUGUACCAUCUGUCGGAGCGUUUUUCGCAGCGGCCGGAUGAAAUGAGACGUUUCUGUCUGGAUACUCUGUGUUUGGGGAGCUGAGUGCAGGACUGCGGGGACCUGAAUAUAUUCAGGAGUUCAGAAUAAAGAGACGUCCUGUCGGCUCCGGACUGCCGAAGCUCCGUAAAGUCGUUCCUGUUUUACUGCCAGCAUCUCUGAGGAGUUUUGUGUGUCAUCAGGACCUUGAGAUUCAACCGCACACACAGUGAUGUUCAGGCUCAUCACUCUCACAGUAGACCUGGCAGACCUCUAAUCUCUAAAAGAUUGAUGAGGUCUUGUGCAGGCCCAGGAGACCUGGCACAGCAUUGAUAAGGCAGCUUUCAUUUCACCACAUUAUAUAGCCUCCCCUUCUUCACCUCUUUUACUCAACACUGCAGGACACGGGCUGGCUUUGAAGCGUGAGAGAGGAUUAUAACAUGUCGAGGCCUCUGGGUCCGGAGGAUGGUGCUUUAAAGAACAAGAAUGAUGACAUUCCCUGGAAAUGACGUAUGCUUCCUUCCAUCGCUCCGUUUGGGACUGCGGUGCGGGAGCUGAGCAGGACGUCAGAGUCAUCAUGUCACUGUCAAACUGCUGGAGCUGGAAUAUUGUGAAACUAUAGAAGGGAGAGACGCAAAGCUGAGAGCAGCUCAACACACAUCACACACCUGCAAGCACACUCAGAGAGCCUCACACAGGACAAUGUGCAACAUCUCCUUCUGUGAAGUGGACAGUAAGGUGGACCAGUUCUUCCAGCCUACGCUCUACAUCAUAGUCAUCGUUCUGGGACUGCCCACUAACUGCAUGGCCCUGUGGGCUGCCUACAUGCAGGUACGCCAGUGCAAUGAACUCGGCAUCUACCUGAUCAACCUGUCAGUGGCUGACCUCCUCUACAUUGCCACUCUUCCUCUGUGGAUCGACUACUUCCUGCAUCACGAUAACUGGAUCCACGGUCAGGAGAGCUGCAAGCUGUUUGGUUUCAUCUUCUAUACUAAUAUCUAUGUCAGCAUCGCCUUCCUGUGCUGCAUAUCAUUGGACAGGUACCUGGCUGUAGCAUACCCUCUGCGCUUUGCCAAAGUUCGACGAAUCAAAACAGCUGUCCUUGUCAGCGCCGUUGUGUGGAUCAUUGAGAUUGUAGCGAACUCUGCUCCUCUCUUCCACGAUGAGCUCUUCCAGGAUCGCUUCAACCACACCUUCUGCUUCGAGAAAUAUCCCAUGCAGGACUGGGUAGCAGGCAUGAACCUCUACAGGACGUUUCUUGGCUUCCUUGCUCCGUGGACAGCAAUGCUGGUCGCCUACCGAGGGAUCCUUGCAGCGGUGCGUUGCAAUGUCUCAACAGAGCGCCAGGAAAAGGCCAAAAUUCAGCGUUUAGCUUUGAGUUUGAUUCUCAUUGUUUUGCUCUGCUUUGGACCGUACCACAUCCUCCUCCUGGUGCGGAGCGUCAUGUUUUUAAGGAAGCCGUGUGACUGCGGCUCGGAGGAGACCUUGUUUGCAGCAUACCACGUAUCCCUGGCACUGACCAGCCUGAACUGCGUGGCUGACCCUAUUUUGUACUGUUUUGUUAAUGAGGGAGCCAGGCACGAUGUCGGCAGAGCCCUCUCAGCUUUGCUGUCGGUGGCCUGCCACAGGCGCUACUCUUCUUCGCCCUCACAUGCUGACAUUCUCAAUGCUGGUUCAGUAACCAUGGACACACCGCUGUCAACAAAGAAGCAACCUUGUGUGUAUGUUGAUCCAGGCAAGACCAACAACUACAAGACUGAACUGGUGGCUCUGAAGGAGGAGUGUCUGCAGAUGACCAUCCUCAGGAAGUGACCUGGAUCAAACAGUAACAGGUCAACAGCUCUGUGAGAGGGGGGGGCAGCUCCUAUAACUUCCAGGGUUUGAUUUCUUAUGUGCUGAAAUCAGAUGCAACCAUUGGCUGUGGAUGCAUGGGGUAGGUUAUCAAUAAGACAGAUUGAGAAUGGGAUAAAUGAAGCAGCAAAAUGGAGGGUGGUGGUCAUGUGAACAGACCUGUGGGAGGAUGAAAUGCUCACACAGCAGAACACAAAAUUGUUCUCCGAAUGAAAAAUGGUCAAACCACUGGUUAGAUCCUCGCCGCUGCUGAUGCAGAAAUGUAAAGAAACCCGAGGACAGCGCAUGGUGUGAAUCCUAUUUGCUAACAGAAAAAUGUUCUAUGACAGUUUAAAAAAACGUGACUUUCCAUAAAGGAUUCUUUCAUUCCAAAAACCUGCUAACACACGAGGCUCGGACAGAUUGGCCGUCUGGCUCUGGAUUGAACUUUGAGCAUUCCCAGCUGUGGUUCAUCAGCCUCCACACAGCUGCAGUGCAUGCUGAUGUUAGCAUGUUAAUGUGCUAUUCUGCCCCAGCAAUCUGGGAAGGAUCAUCAUGAGGUAUCAUCGUGAUGUGACGUGUCCGAUCAGAAGAAACUCUGGCCUGCUGGUGACACGUCAGGAAGAGUGAGGGGAUCAUCUGCAGGAUUCAGCCUCAGCAGACGUCUGUGUACCGACCUCAGUGCCAGGCUGGCCAGUAAAAAUGUUCCUUCAGUCUGAACCAAAGUGCAGGACCAACAGGUUGACAGACCUGAUGUCUGUCCAUCCUGUGACCGAUGAGGAUUUUAUCAGCACAAUUUGACAACUUGGAUUUUUGGACAUUUUUUCCACUGUGCCAUUUACAAUGUCAUUUAUGAAGCUGUUGAAUAUUUAAGAGAAAUCUUUAAAAGUGCAUAGCUGAGUGUUUUCAAUGGUGGAACCCCAACGGGACUGAAUGAUAUAUUUUGGGAUGCAGGAUGGUCUGACAUAUUUGUAAUAAUUGUUGGAAACAUCUUUAUAACUGCAUUCAAUUUUUAAAGGAAGCCUUAUGAAGUACCUCAGCUUGUAAACUGUGAUGGUGAGAAGGCUUAGAGCAGAGUCAUUGUAUAACAUGAGCCAUGUUUUCUAUUUGAUUUUUUACCGCAUACAGCAAAUAAAUCUCCCUGCAGGGGGACAUCAAAGAAAAUGUUAAAAGACUUCUAAAACAUUCAGAUAAGUUUGAAAGCUUUUAAAUUAUUCAUUUCCACUAUAUUAUGUUGUGAAGCUGAAAAUAAGUGUCAUACUUCAGACAAAUCUAUAUGUAUGCAUUUACCACUGGAAUAUGUGAGCAUAGAUACUGGAAAAUGAAAAAUGUAUCUCACUCAAAGGUGAACAUGAGUGAAUCCAAACUGCAUGCAAGGGCUGAAGAGCACCUGCAGCUGACCAACAGUGAGAACGUUUACAUUACUAUCACAGACUUCAACUAUCCCGACCUUCCUAAAUGAGAUGCAGAACAUACAUGUGCACCACUGCUCAGCAGCCUUCACAUCGAACAUUUGGGUUCCCUGCAUUGAAAAAAAAAAAAAAGUACAUUCCUUCUUUAUUCAAGCAAAACUGCUGGCUGCUAAUACUGUUGUUUGUUAUAUUAGUGACAAAUUAAUACAUAUUUUAUUGUUAAAGGUGUGAUGAGGAAAUGCAGCGGUCAGAGGGACCAGUGGCAGGUUGGGGCUGAACGGCAACAUUGGCUGUUGUUGAUGAUUUAUUUCAAAUUUAAGAAUAAAAAAAUAUGCUUGUACUUGAUGAUGAUUGUUUUUAAUGUAAAUAUGAAUAUGUCACUUUUUAAUCCGCUGACGCUUUUACAACUGCCAUAUUUUACCAUCUGCCUGGACCUUUGAGAGUCAUGACGGCAACUGAGAGUUGAUUAAUGAAGGAUCUGAUAAGCUGGGCGUAUUUACCAUCAUCCCACAUGAGUGAUCCACAUGAUCCUGAUGGAGAGAUUGUUUAAAAAGUAAAUCCAAUACAGAGUAAACAAACGGAGCUUGUUUGCUGUCGUCCUACAACAGAGCUCUGCACAGUUCAGACGUGCCGCUCCAAAAUCUCUGGAUCAAACUAAUCAAUCUGACGCAUCCGUUAAUCUAAACUGUAACGUAGAUGCUUAAGUCGUCUUUCAUGUGGUGUCAUGAGAAACAUAGAUGAUGCAGCUGCUCCAUCUUUGGAUGGAUGACGGUCUAAUCCUGACUAUAAAAAAAUCAGGCUGAUCUGUGUGUUUAGCAAAAAUCAAAUCAACUGUCAGCUCAUCUAUACAUGCUUUUUAAAAAAAAAAAUUUCUGUGGAGUCUCAUGUUCUUACACUGUUACGACAUUUCAUAAGUGCAUGUGUUUACAUUAUAGGAUGCCCUGCUGGAUGUUUAAUGAUAAAGCAGUGACAGCGAAUUUUCUAAUGUGCAGCAUCAUGGCUCAGAUUAUUCCAGUCCAAUCAAAUCCUUUUGUGGACACAGGUAUCGUGUUGCCGUUCUACCUGUAGUAUAUUUUGGAAAAUAUGUCAUCCCAGCAGCAGAAAAUGUUUAUCUUGCCCUGGCAUGAAAGCAUCACUAAAUUCAAUGCAAUAAUGUAAAGUAUCUGGAUGUUUUCAGCUUGUUAGUGUUGCCCUGUGCGUUGUCCUAUUUGCCACUGGUUUUGUUGCACAGCUGUGUGUCAGUCUGAGGGAGGAGGUGCAGGCUUCAUAAUGCAUAUGUGUUCAAUAACAGUGUCGGUGAGAAAUA